AGUGCUUGGGGUGACCACAACAUCCCAGGAGUCAGCUGCCCUGUCCUGCAGGUGCCCAGCACACAUCCUCCUGCAGUUCAGCCCUCAUACACACAAAAGGAAAACAAGCAGGAACCCAGCAGCACCCAGCCACGAUGCCACAGAACGUUAUUCUUCCAGGACCGGCACCCUGGGGAUUCAGGCUCUCAGGAGGAAUAGAUUUUAACCAACCUUUGAUCAUAACCAGGAUUACACCUGGAAGCAAGGCUUCUACUGCCAACUUGUGCCCUGGUGAUGUUAUUGUGGCUAUCAAUGGCCUAAGCACAGAGAACAUGACACACAAUGAUGCUCAGGAAAGAAUUAAAGCAGCUACACACCAGCUUUCCUUGAGAAUAGAGAGGGCACAAACUAAAUUAUGGUCGCCGCAAGUUUCAGAAGAUGGCAAAGCAAAUCCCUUCAAGAUAAAUUUGGAAGCUGAACCACAGGAUAUGAACUACUUUGAACACAAGCAUAAUAUUCGGCCCAAACCUUUCAUACUCCCAGGCCGAAGCAGUGGAUGCAGCACUCCUUCGGGGAUUGACUGUGGCAGUGGACGUAGUACCCCCUCUUCAAUUAGCACGGUUAGCUCCAUCUGCCCCACCGAGCUGAAAGCAGUGUCUAGGAUGGCCCCUAACGUUCCCCUGGAAAUGGAGCUUCCUGGUGUCAAGAUUGUACAUGCUCAGUUUAACACACCUAUGCAGUUGUACUCAGAUGACAAUAUCAUGGAAACACUGCAAGGCCAAGUUUCUACAGCUCUGGGGGAAACACCCGUAAUGAGUGACCCAGCUCCCACGGCAGUGCCUCAGUCUGACGUGUACAGGAUGCUGCACUCCAACCAACAGGAGGAGCCCAGCCAACCCCGCCAGUCUGGCUCCUUUAAGGUGCUCCAGAAUUUAGUCUCCGAGGAAGAUGGACGUCCAGUGGGUACAAGAAGUGUGAAAGCACCUGUAACAAAGAUACCUACUGGCCUGCCCGGAGCCCAGAAAGUACCACAGUGUGACAAAUGUGGGAGUGGAAUUCUAGGAACAGUGGUGAAGGCACGUGAUAAAUACCGACACCCAGAAUGUUUUGUGUGCUCUGACUGCAAUCUUAACCUGAAACAAAAAGGCUACUUCUUUGUGGAAGGCCAGCUAUACUGUGAAGCUCAUGCACGAGCUCGCAUGAGGCCACCAGAGGGAUAUGAAGCAGUUACUGUUUACCCGAAAUGCUAGUCUUACAUUAGCACACAAAUAUACGCAUGCACACGAGAAGCCAUUAACAGCUUAGAACAGCAGUACAACUGUCAGGACUUCUGUCUGAAUUCAAAGUAGCAGCUUUUAAACUUUCUCUUGUGAUAUUCUGAGGUGGAAGUCCCUAUUAAUCAGCAGUAACAUACCAUACCAGUAAAAUUCAGCUAAAAUUUUAUCCUUGAAGUUGCCAAUACAGCUCAAUGGAGUAUGAACUGAAACAGCUGUACAGGAAUAAAUAAAAUAAAUAAAUAAAACAAUUGAAACAUCAGGGGUAUUACACAAUUACUGAGGUAUAUGCACCCAGUUGCUGUAAUUAAGACAUUAUUUUUAACAUGUUAAGAAUCUAAUAUCCGUACAAAUAGCAAACCAAUCAAAAGCCUCAUUGUGCUACAGGCUGGGCCCUACCCAAGAAAGAAACAUGAUCAAUCAUUAGAAAAGAAGCUAUUUUACAUGGAUACUACAAAACAAUGGGAUGUUCAUGCCUGUUUCAACCAUUCAAUUAUCACCAAUGUGUGCCAAAAAUAGAUUCUGCUUACUUUGCUUUCAAUUUGGGGUUAUAUUUUCUUGAUUUUCUGAUGCAGCAAAUGUGUUAAGAAAUGAAUGUCAUUUCAUAUAAUAAAAGGGCUAGUAUCAUAAUGAUCAUUUAGUUAAGAAGCAAAAUAAUUCUACACUGUUUAAUGAUUUGCAAAUGAAAUCACCUUUUAGCUCUCACAUCACUUAGCAGAAAAUUAUUCUGAGGUAGGCACACCAAUACAUUAUUUUUGGGAGAAAAAAAAAGAAUUUGUUCUAUUAGGAAUUCACUGCAAAUUGAGAAUGAAAGUAAAUUUAAAAGCCUUUCCACAGAAAAUGUUUCUUUCAAGUACUGUUCAUUUUUUUGUUUCCUCUAGAUUAUUCAAUUUCCAUAAUAGGAACAAUGGGAAAAUAUCACCAUAGUAUCUUAAUUCCUGAUAAUUAAAACUUGGACAACUUAUAAAAUGACUGAUAAUUAACACUUAGAAAGGAAAGAUCUUUUAUGAAAAGACUGGUGAACUCACAGUUUUCAAAUGAAUUUCUGAAUUUCUGAAUGUUCUGUAAGGGCUCCAUUGCUUUCAGGUAGGUAUGCCAGCUGCAUACACACACGCACAUGACAAACUUCGCCUUAGCAUCUUCCAGAAAUACUUAACACAAUACUUAAAUUCAUAGCAGAAAUGAACAACUCAGUGACAAAGAAUCUUACUUUUCUCGCUCUAAAAAUGAAAAGCUUAGAAUGUAAGAAGAAUCAGGAAUCAAAAUAAGAGGCUGUAUACAAUUUAGAUUUAUUUUAAAAAAUCAGAUGAGUCCCAAAGCCUGAAAUGCAAUGUUUGCAUAUUCAAAGACUUUUAGUUUUAGUUUUAGUAUUAUUUCAGAAUUAAAAUAUUUUAAAAAUCUAUGUGUCACUGUAUUCAGAAUUUAAAACUGCAUAUCAAAAGCAUAUAGAGGCACAUCCCUUUAAAUAUUAGCUAGCAAAUUAUUUUCUGGCACAAAACAAUUCUGUUCCUUAUGUAUCAUGAAGGCUAUAUGUAGUAUUUAUAUUUUUCCACUGAUAAAAUUCAUAAAGUAAACCUAAAAAUCAUUUUGACAGUGAGAGUGCACGUGUCUAUUUUUACAAACUUGCAAUGCGUCAUUGGUGUUUUUAAAUAAUUGCUUAAUGUUCAUUUCUUUGUGGAGCAACUGAAGGUAAAAAUAAAUAUACUAUAUAUGAUAA